AUGAAACUUAUUUUCGAAAUAUCUCUUUGUUUUCUCGCAUUAUCACUUUUGACCGUUACAACUAAUGCACAAUUAGAAGGACAAUGGCCAGAAGUUGAUAAACCUCCACCAACUAAUGAAUCUUGGACUUCUUUAGUCGAUAUGUCAAAAGUUCCUAAUGCUCCGUUAUCUAAAGGCGAAAAUGAUUGUCCCGCAAAUGCCGCAAAUGAUAAAUUUUGUAAAUGGAGUUGUACUGAAUGCACUCGUAAUAAUUCCGACAUAGUUGUCUGUCCCAGUAAAACAGAUUGGGGUCUCUCCUUCGAUGAUGGGCCAACAGAAUAUACAGAUGCUUUAUUAGAUUAUUUGGCUUCAAAAGAUGUUAAAUUAACAUUUUUCGUUAUUGGUUCACGCGUGAUAGAACAUCCACAAACCUUGCUAAAAGCAUUCAGUGCUGGACAUCAAAUUGGAGUACACACUUGGUCCCAUACACAUCUUACCCAACAAUCCAAUGAGGAAAUCAUAGCCGAAAUCAAAUGGACAGAAGAAGCGAUAAAACAAGUCAUUGGUUUUACACCAAAAUAUAUGCGACCACCUUACGGAGACUGUGAUGAUCGUGUUAGAGGAAUCUUAACUCAACUCGGUUAUAAAAUUGUUAUGUGGGAGUACGAUACACAUGAUUAUUUGACAGGGGAAGAUAAAAAUUUUAAAGCAGAAUGGAUUGAAGGAAAUUUUACUCAAUGGGCUAACGCACCUUCUACAACUGGACAUAUAUCGUUAGAACAUGAUUUAUAUCAAGCAAGCGCUGGUAGAGCUCCAUAUGUUGUACCGGUUUUACAAAGUGCCGGAUUUAAUAUUAAACCCGUAGCUGUUUGUUUAAAUGAUCCAAAACCCUACGUUGAAGAAUAUAGUUUGACCACAAAUAAUACUGCGGUUGAAACUCCAACGGUUGUAACUUCAGCGACCGAAAGCCCAAAAAAUGAUGCCCCAACCGAAUCACCUAUCACACAAAACGUCGAACAAAAAACUCCUUCAA